AUAAUUUAUUUUCCGCAAAUUCUUUUUAGAAUCGAGCGAUGGAGCCCUAGAAUUUCUAACUCAAAAUCUGUAGAUUGAUUGACUGAGUGUGAGAGGAUAGAGAGGGGAAAUGGCAAGCGAUGUGGAGCGAGGAGAAGAAGAAGAAGAGGAAGAAGAAUCGGCCAGCGAGCUGUUAAGGGAUCGAUUCCGCCUCUGCACAAUAUCCAUUGCCGAAACUGAAGCGAAGCGAAACGGCAUGGAAAUUUCUCAGCCAAUAAUGGCGUGUAUCUCCGAUUUAGCCUUCAAAUAUGCUAAACAGUUAGCAAGAGACGUAGAAUUGUUUGCACAGCAUGCUGGUCGCAAGUCUAUAAACAUGGAAGACGUCAUACUUUCUGCUCAUCGCAAUGAUCAUCUAUCUGCAUCACUGAGGUCCUUCUCCAAUAAUCUAAAAGCAAAAGAACCUCAAUCUGAUCGGAAGAGAAAGAAGAUCACGAAAAAAGAAGACAAAGCUGCUAAAGAAGUGCUCCAUAUUGAUUCCUGACCAGGAAAUUUUCAUGUUUAGAUCUGCAUAUAUAAGCUAUUUUGCUUCAAGGAUCUAAUCCCCUUUGAAACAGAUGGGAGACAAAGAAAAUGUUUGAUAUUUAUGUGAUGUGAAUCAACAGAGAAACCUAAGAUGGUGGUUGAACAGCCCCAGCAUAUCCAUUAAACAGCCAGGAAAUUAGUCUUGUUCUUACUUCUUAUGUUUAAUUUUUUACUUUCACAUUUCCUUCAUUUCUUCACAUUUUGACUUGAAUAUAUCCAUGUUGAUGCAGAAGGUAGUGAUCGAUAUCUAUAAAGACUAUAGUUGAGUGGGUCAA